CUCGGCAAGAAACACGGACGUGGCUCUCCUGCUCUUCUUCAGUGUUGAGUGAUUGUUUGCUGAAACAAAAAUAAAAAAUAAAAAAUCUUUUACAUAGACAAUACACACACACUUUUCAGGUUCGAUUCUUAACAGGGCUAAUGGUUUUCUGCGCUUCGCUUGUUCUUUUAUACUUUCGUUUACGUAUGUAGGGGUCAUGGCGGAAAAUCACUUUCAAUUGCCGCAUGCCUUUGAGUCGAGUUCUUUUCUUAGUAAGGGUGCAAGAAGGGAAGUAUUAAGUUGUGUCAUUGGACGAAAGAUCACUCAGUUGGGUAGGUUAAGUAGGCCGCAGCUAACAAUGCUACCUGCCUGCAUGUAACGUACUAACAACAUAGGUAGUUUCUCCCUUUCUAACACUCAUUGCCCGCCUCCAAAUAUGGGGCAUUACCAUCUCUUCAAGCACACUUAUUAACACCCUAACUUCUUCUCAACUCCAAGUCGCUCUUUGCAGUUCAUCCUUCCUCGAUUGCUUUCCUAACAUCACCAUGGAGGGUGUCGCUCGGUUUGUUGUUCCAGGCAUUCCCACACCUUGUGAGACGUGGUACAAAGUUAUCGGGGAUCUCAAUUCGGACAAAGUCCCCCUGAUCGUUGUCCACGGGGGUCCUGGCGCAUGCCAUGAGUACUUACUUCCGCUCACGGACCUAGCACCUUCAAUGUCGCUCAUCUUCUAUGAUCAGAUUGGCAAUGGAAGAUCGACUCAUCUGCGGGAAAAGGACAAAGACGAGGCCUUCUGGACCCCGGAACUUUUCAUUGAUGAGCUUCAGAAUCUUAUACAACAUCUCGGUUUAGCAGACCGACCAAUCGAUGUCUAUGGUCAUUCUUGGGGCGGAAUGUUCAUCGCUUCGUGGGCUGCAAGGUCUACUAAUCUCCGCCGUCUUGUCAUUGCUAGCAGUUUAGCUAGCAUGGAUGUAUGGCGAAUUGGGAUCAACGCUCUGCGAAGGCAGCUACCUCGUGAGGUCCAAGAGGUCCUGGACCGAGCUGAUGAGACCUUGGAUUUUGAAAGUCAGCAGUAUCAAGACGCGGUCGAAGUCUUCUAUAAGAGACAUUUGAGCCUGGCUAGACCAUGGCCACCGAAGGAAGUUGAAGCUGCGCUUCAUUGGUUUUCCGAGGAUCCAACCACAUACGGAACAAUGUACGGUCCGAGUGAGUUAUAUAUUUCGGGCUCGCUCCGUAACUGGACUUGCAUCCCCGAGUUGAAGAACAUAAAGGCAGCUACACUUCUAUUGAAUGGUGCUCAAGAUGAGGCACAGGAUGUAGCCAUGCAACCUUUCUUCCAUCACAUUGAGAAGGUCAAAUGGGUUACGCUGGAUAACGCCGCCCACUUCGCCCACGUCGAUCAACGUGAGAAGUAUAUACAACACUUGGAAUCAUUCUUGCUGGGCUAGUAAGGAGCUCAUAUUCUGUAUCUUUGAGAACGGUAUCAUCCUCUGUAGUAGGCGGCUAUAGGGGAAUUGAGAAUAUGGGCGCAGGUGGGAUUGAAUUUUGCGAUUAUCUCCGAGGCAUCGUUUGAGUCAACUUAGCUAUAAUAUAAAUUCCAGUACCUUCUCAAUAACAACCGCGUAAAUGGGAUUCUUAGCGAUUGCCCAAGGCGUCUUCUACGACACUUGUGUAGUUGCCAAUGUGCUACACACGAAGGGGCUGACCGUGAGGAUAGAGGGGAAAACGGAGAUGGUAACAUUUGGACCUUCCGAUGACAAACUUAAUAAUAAAUCUUUGCUACAUUCAAUGUAACAACUGUCAGUCAUUGACCGCUCGAAAAGCCUGAGUUUCCAGUUCAACGAUUUGAGACCAGCUCCGUUGAUACCGUAUCUUUAUGUAUUUUGACGUCCGUCCUGACUCAGUAAAGUUGCAAACUGGCCAGUGAUUAGAAGCCAUGAAUGUUAUGAAUAAUAUCAAGUCCGGCACACCACAGCCCUUCCCCAGAACAUAUUUGGUCACGAAUUGGGCUGCCACAAAAAGGAGGCAGAAGUAGAGGAAGAGCAGUGCAAGAAUCUGUA